AUGCCUCUGCCCCAUCCUUCCCCAGGCUCAGGCGACUUUGUGUGCUCAUUGUGCCACAAGAUAUUCCCUCUGCAGCGCAUGUUAACCCGCCACCAAAAGUGCCACAGCUUGGUGAAGAAACACCCUUGUCGAUUCUGUGGCAAAGGAUUCAAUGAUACCUUUGACCUCAAAAGGCAUAUGCGAACACACACAGGUAUUCGUCCCUACAAGUGUGAGCUGUGUGAGAAAGCCUUCACUCAGCGCUGCUCUCUGGAAUCCCACAUGAGGAAGAUUCACAGCGUUCACCAACAGUAUGCCUAUCGCCAGAGACGCUCCAAGAUUUUUGUCUGUGAGGAUUGUGGUUACACCUCAAGCCGCCCUGAUGAGUAUUUCCUUCAUGUGAGACAGUGCCACCCUGGUAGUCCCGCCUUACGCAGGUACUACCGCCGCCAGUCUCAUGACAACAGCAGCUUUGCAUCAACAGACUGUAAACUUAGUACCUAUUUGCAGUACUCAACCCCUGCAUACUACAUGUAGAGUUCAUUAUGCUUAUGAUUAUACAUUUGAUUGUACUGAAGCUGAACCACAAGCCAUCAGUAAUACCUGUUUUUUUUGUUGUAAGUUUUCAAGAUGUGUCCAUGACUUUAA